UUUGGCUGCCGGUUCGAGAGAUCCUCCUUCUCCUCUGUUGCAGACGAGUCAUUGCAGGAGUUUUCGAUGUUCCUAAAAAACCUGGAGGAGCAGAGAGAGAUGAUGAUGAGGAACAUCACAGAGACCCUGAUGAAGCCCCUGGAAAAGUUUCGGAAAGAGCAGCUGGGUUCAGCCAAGGAGGAAAGAAAGAGAUACGAGAAGGAGACCGAGAAGUACUACAGUUCCCUGGAAAAACCUCUGACGUUGUCGGCAAGAAAGAAAGAGCAGCAUUUACAAGAGGCUGAUCUCCAAGUGGAACAGAUGAAGCAACAUUUUCAGGAGUCGUCUCUGGAGUACGUUUGCAAGCUGCAGGAGAUACAGGAACGGAAGAAGUUUGACUGCGUGGAGCCUAUGCUGGCAUUCUUCCAGGCCGUUUUCACCUUCUACCACCAGGGAUAUGAGCUGGCCAAAGACUUCGACCAUUACAAAAAAGCUCUGCAGAUCAACAUCCAGAAUACACGGAGUCGUUUCGAGGGCACCAGGUCGGAGGUCAUGGAGCUGAUGAGGAAAUUCAAAGAGUGCCCCAAGGAGCACAGGCAGACUAGCCCCAUUAGCAUUGAGGGCUACCUCUACGUACAGGAGAAGAGGCCUCCUCCCUUCGGUUCCAGCUGGGUGAAGAGGUACUGCACCUUCGUCAAAAACCAGAAGAUCCUGCACAUGAUCACAUUCGAUCACCGGUCCGGGGGCAAGAUUGGAGAAACGGAAUCCGUCACCCUGAAGUCCUGUUUGCGGAAGACCACCGACGUGCUUGAUCGGCGCUUCUGUCUGGACCUCGAAAUCACUGAUCGGCCAGGAGUGGUGCUCACAGUUCAGACACUCUCAGAUGAUGACCGCAAGUUCUGGAUGCAAGCCAUGGGUGGGAAGGAGCCUGUGAACUACUUGUGUAAGAAUUAUUCCAAAGAAAAAGGAUUUGAUGCACAACUGGAUGACAUUGGGCUGUCAUUUGUGAAGAAUUCAAUCGAAGCCAUUGAAAAGCGGGGUAUCAACGACCAAGGUCUGUACAGAGUGGUGGGCGUCAGUUCUAAAGUACAAAAGCUUCUAGCUGCAGUGACGGACGAGAAGAGCUACAGCGAGGUCAAUUUAUCAACCUCCGAGGAGUGGGAUGUCAAAACUAUAACCAGUGCUUUGAAGGUGUUUUUGAGGAGCCUUCCGGAACCUCUGAUGACCUAUGGGCUGUACAAAGAGUUCAUCAUGUUGGCAAAGAGUGGCAGCCCUGAAUCCCGCGUGCAGUCGAUUCACGCCCUGGUCCAUAACCUUCCAGAGAAGAACCGGGCCGUGCUCGGCCUUCUCAUGAAACAUCUGGCCAGAGUGGCUGAGAACAGCAAGCAGAACCUUAUGACUGUUGCCAAUCUGGGCGUGGUCUUCGGCCCCACGCUGAUGAGGCCCCAGGAGGAGACUGUGGCCGCCAUCAUGGAGCUGAAGUUCCAGAAUAUCGACGUGGAGAUCCUCAUUGAGCACCACCAGAAGAUUUUCGGCGACACCCCUGGUGGGUUGCCAUCGAAGUCCCUCAUCACCCCAACCAGGCUGUCCAAGAAAUCGAGUCGCCAAUCCCGCCCCCUGGCUGUCUACAACCCCCAAAUGGGGGACAUUGCAGUGUGCACCGGCAUGGUCCUGGAUGCCGUCUCCUUGGGCAGCGACGAGUCGGUCUCAUCCCAGUCCUCCACAUCCGGCUCGCCUACAGAGAAAACCCAGAAUGCCCUGGGUGGGAGCGAGGCCAGCAGUGCCCGGGGUGUGGCGGACGCUGUAGGACCUUCCACGGCCCUCUGGUGGAACCUUGCUUCCGUCUGCGCCGACGACCUGACCAGUGCGGCGUCUGCGGUGACCGCCUCCGACACCGACAGGAGGGACGAGAGCAUCCCGGGCCGCAAGGCCAAGGCGGUGUUUCCGUGUGAGGCCGAGCACGACUCCGAGCUGUCCUUCCAGGUGGGCGCCAUAUUCGACGACGUGAUAGUUUCCAGGGAGCCCGGCUGGCUGGAGGGUGUACUGGAAGGGAGGAGGGGUCUCAUCCCCGAGAACUACGUGAAGAUGCUAUAACGGCUGAUGUAGGAGUGGCACCUUACACAUGGUAUCCAUGGUCUCCUGUGCUCUGCCCCCCCCCCCCCCCCCUCCCUCCCUGCCUGCCUCCCCAAAAAACCAACAGUCUGUCUCUGUCAGUAAAACCGACGUGCGUCUUAAAUCAAAGUGCAAGAACAACGUACGUGUCUUAAGGAAUGCAUACCUGCAGCUGUAAUUAUGGCCGAGUGUACAGUACUAUACCAAGAGGAAGCGCGUGUCAUAUUUUAAUUAGCGAAAGCGUAAAGCUUUUGGGGCCUCUGCAUGAACGCUUUCGUCUCCCUCUGGGCCAGGGGCUGCAGCUCCGGCAUGUGCGGUUUCGUAACCCUUUCCUGCGUGGAGGGCGGCCUCACGUAAGAGCUGAUCUAGAGACAGCCAGUCCGCUCCGAACGAUAAAACCUUCACUUUAUUAGGUAGCAUCACCACUGCAACCUGUCAUUAUAGUUACAUUUUAUUACAUUUAUAUUAUCAAUACACUGUGAAUGGACAUUUUAUAUAUUUCUGUUAUAUAAAAUUCACAGCUGUUGUUGGAGUGAGAUUCUUGUUAAAUCUUUUUUUUUUUUUUUUUU